AUGAUAAUUUUCCAGUGUGGGGAACGUGCUGAGGGUGAGCCGAUUUCGAUUGAAAACACUGUCCAUAUGUCAACGUUCGUACAUGACUUCUACAUGAGCAAUAUGGAGACAAUGCGUGCUAAUUAUGAGCGAGCAAUGGAAUUCUACAAAAAACAGAAGCAGAUAAAUCUCCCGCAGCCCGUAGAAGAAGAAGAGCCUGAAAUUUCUGAAGCCGAAAGGAAGAAGGAGGAAGCUAAAGCGAAAGAGGAGAAGGAGAAAGAACAACAGCAAGAAGCUGAUAUCAUGUUUGAGAGCAUGGAUUUUGAAAAACUCGAGGAAGUUCCCAAAUUGUGA